AUGACUGAGUGUAGGGUUCAAAUUGCCGACGAGGCAAGAAUUUUGGAAGAAGAUCCCGUUUACUUAUCUAGGUUCUCUUUAAGCGCAAUUAUUGCAUUUUCUAUAUGGGGAUGUAUCACGCUCAUAGUGAUUCUACUACUGCAACUCAACUUGGGUGAUAAAAGCCGUCUGCUUGAUUCCACCAGAUUAAAGAGCAAAGCACCGUUUUGCAAUGGCACGAGCUCCACUUCUCCUGUAGACGAAGGAAAUUUCUCCUGUGAUCCAAGCUCCAAAGUAUCCCCGACGAAUCUUCCAGAAGGUUGCCGGGUGAACUCCACCAGAAGAUAUACCCCAACAGAAGUCUUCGGGGCGGUCCUCGGUGCGCAUCGCAACGUCACGGCCUUCAGCAACCACGACAGCGGUACCUGCAUCUCCAUGAUUGACAACUUCAUCGAUCUACCCAUUUCUUCGAUGGAUCCGGCGUCGGGGUCGGAGACGUGUGCGCCUCCACAUGAGCAGGAAAGGCCUCCGGUUUCGCAUCUCGUGGAGGACCCCCACGCGGGCCUUGGUCCAACCCGCCAGGAGGUGAUCCGGGUGAGCACGGGGAUGCAAUGGCAGUGUGUGGAGUACGCACGGCGGUAUUGGCUGCUCACCGGGAGCCCGCGGCCGGUGUCCUUUACGAGUGUGGAGGCCGCGUCGGAUAUCUGGGACCUCCUGACAACCGCCCACCUCCUCGAUGGCACGACGUUGCCGUUGUGGAAACAUCCGAAUGGGGCCCCGGUGAGUCGUGGAGGGGCCCCGCCACGGCCCGGGGAUCUUCUUCUUACCUUCGGGAUCCCACCCGGUGUCUGCCCUAUGGGCACGUGGCGGUCAUCGUCGGGGUGGAUGGCCCCGCGGGGCGGUUUUUUGUGGCGGAGCAGAACUGGGAUCCCGUGGCGUGGCCUGCACCCUACCACAACUACUCCCGGGCCCUCGACCUACACGUGGAGGCGGGGGAGGAGGGGGACGGGCCACGGUAUGUGA